UUAUCAACCGAACGCUGGAAUUUCCACUUCCUUGCAGAUUCUCCAUAAAGAGAUCAUUGAAAGGGAGUGAAAUUUUCAAUUCAAAAUUCAGGCUACUGUUGUGAAUCUUCAUAACAUUGAAAUAUUGAAAAUAAAUUAGCAGUUUCAGAAAUAAUUGCAUACCUACUAGAGACUCGAAUAUUUUUUUGAAUUAAGCAAAACGUUCAACUAAUUUCAACAGAAUUUUAUAAGAAAGAAUUACUUUUUUUUUCAUGAGAAGAUAUUGUAGGUGAUUGUGAAUAGAUUUCGAGCUUUUUGAUUUCAAAUUGGAGUAGGUAACAUGGAGUCCAGUCAACAUCUUAUCAGUAAUGAUUAUACAGAAGUGUACCAGAGCUUACCAAGAGCAUUACAACUGGCUUAUGGAAUGGGUCAUGUUCUAAAUGAUGUGUGUGCAUCCAUGUGGUUCACCUAUCUCCUGGUCUAUUUUCAUCUGGUUUUGCAAUUCAGUAAUUGGGAAGCUGGAUUUCUUCUACUUGUAGGGCAGGUAGCUGAUGGAUUAGCUACCCCUUUAGUAGGAUUUCAAUCCGAUCACACCGAUGGAGGUUUCUGUUAUAGCUAUGGGAAACGUAAAAGCUGGCAUUUGUUUGGAACAAUUUGUGUACUUUGUGCUUUUCCAUUUAUAUUUUCUCCAUGUAUUCACUGUGUUAAUAUGCAGAGAUGGAUACAAAUGCUUUACUAUUCUAUAUUCAUUGUGAUCUUUCAAUUUGGCUGGGCAGCCGUUCAAAUUUCUCACUUAUCCCUUAUACCAGAGCUUACUCCUAAUGAACAUGAUCGGACUCGAUUAACUGCUGUUAGGUAUGGCUUCACGGUCAUAUCCAGCAUAUUUGUUUAUAUCAACACAUGGUUCAUUCUUCACUUAAACAAUUCUAAGUUAGGACCAUCAGAUAGUCCAAAAUUCCAGAAAAUUGUUUGGAUAGGGAUCAUAUUCGGUUCAAUUUGCUCCAUUCUGUUUCAUAUUUUUGUAAGAGAAGGAGAAAGAUAUGGUGGAAGGGAUAUUAGGGGAGGGCAACCCAGGCACAAUGUAUCAGACCUGUUGACAAACAUAAAAAUAUAUAAGGUAGCAGUAAUAUACAUGUCGACAAGGCUAUUUGUAAAUCUUAGUCAAGUUUUUAUUCCAUUAUAUCUUCAUGAAUCUUUGGACAUGACAGCAAGCAAUUUAGCAUUAAUACCAUUGACAAUUUUUAUUGGUAGUUUCAUUAUGUCAAUCGGUAUUGAAAAGCUCAACAGAAUAUUUGGAAGAAAAUUGGCAUAUAUCGUUGGAGUUGUUAUGGGUGUUGCUGCAUGUUUAUGGAUUCAGUUCGAUGCAGGGCCUUUCUAUUUUUACUAUGGAAUUUAUGGGGUGGCUGUUUUGAUCGGGGCUGGAGGAUCUGUUGUUCUUGUUACCAGCCUUGGGAUAACUGCAGAUUUGAUAGGUGACAAGACAUCAAGUGGUGCCUUUGUUUAUGGAAUCAUGAGUUUCACAGACAAGCUCGCCAAUGGAAUCGCUGUGAUAAUUAUACAAGACCUACACAGUGAUGGUUCAAAUAAAAAUUAUUAUCGUGAUAUUUUGACCUAUGUUUGCGGUGCCUCCAUGGUAUUGGGUUCCUUUGGUGUUAUUUCCUUGAUAAAAUAUCGACCUAGAGAAGGUUUAGCCAGGAACAUACAAGUACCAAAUUAUAACAGUAUUAACUCAGAAGUAACAACUAGUGAAAACUCAUCACUUUUAACUAUCUGAUAUUGAAAAGUGUACAAUAAUAAGGCUAUCUUAGGACGAGACACUAUAUUUUUCCUGAGGUACAUGAAUAUAUAUUCUUGUGAUAUUUUAUUUGAGAGAGGACGAUAUUAAAUUUUAUUUAAAA